AGGCUGCAGAAACAUGGAAGGAGCGUCCACAAAAGGUGUUUUGAGUCAUCUAAGUCUGCUGGAAGCUCGAGCAAGAAGCCGAGGAAGUCGGCCUCAGCUGCAGAGUCGUGUGAAGCAGCUAAAGGCUAAAGUUGAAGCGCUGAAAGCUCAGAGAGAGCAGCUAAAGGCAGAGCUACAGACACAUAAAAGUCUGCAGAGACUGAGGUCGUCUGAGGACAGGCUGGGUGCAGAGGAAGACGAGGAGAGGAUGGAGGAAGAGAGCUCGGAGUUGUUGCUGUUGAUGGCCAGACAUUUAGAGCUGACAGAGCUCCUGCACGCUCAUCACCUCAUUGGUGGGUAUGACAUCAUAAACACUCGUCAGGGUAGAGGAGUGUGUGUGACUCUGGCGACUGCCUACGAGGGGGUCUAUUUGGACACCUACAACCUGGAAAUAGACUUCAAGCCAAAAGUGAGGGUCGGUCGUCACAAUGUGCCCCCCUUCAUCCCGUUAAACGCCCUCUGUGAGCAGAGCGACCUGCAGACGGGCCUGAGGGCUUUUCUGGACCAGCUCAGUCAACGUCUCAAUGCAUUUGCUGGCCGCAGGCAGCAGCUGAAGCUCGUUAAGGAGCAGCACGAGUCUGUGGAAGUGAUGGACAGUAACGUUUUGUGUUCGGUGCUGGUCCUGAUGUUCAGCGCGCAGAGAGAAAAGUCGCCCGUGCUCUGCACGUUGGAAUACGCCGACCCCACCAGGUGUCUUCCAACUCAAGUCCGCUUACACUGUGAAGACGAGCUGUUUCUUGACUCCCCGCAGUGGAAGAACAACCACAGUUUACUAAUGACGACUCCGCUUCACGCAGCGCUAACAGACAUGAAGAAAAUGGGAUUUAUUCUUUAAGUCGUUCUUUACUUUGUAACAUUACCUUAA